AUGGAUGUAGAGGCGCCGCCUCCGUUCAGUGCGGGUAGUUUGGAAGAACCUCCGGAUCCUCAUGACUCUGUUAGAUUCGGUGUUUUCGAAGAUGAAGACGAUAACCAUAUACAGGCGACACGUGUCCCAACGGAAACGCCCAGUUCUGAAGGAGAUGAUUACGGCAAAGAAAACGGAAUUCCUGGGUUAACAAAUUGUGCCAUAAAAAAGAAUCACGAAGUGUCUACUCCAAUCAUCAUAUCACAAGAAUUCAAUGAAGCUUUAGAUAGUCCUGAAAGUUCCAUUCACGAAGAAGUCAACGAGAUAUCACGUUCUCCAAAUCCUCCAAGCGUUGAUGAUGAUCCACACGAAUCUGAGGAUGAGUUCGGAGACUUCGAUACUGCUCCUGUCAUAGAAACGUCUCAGACAAGUAGUUCAUCACCUACUGAGUUGAAAACAGAGAAAAAAGUAAUAGAAGACGAUGAUUGGGGAGAUUUCGAUAGCGCUCCUUCAACGAGCCAGGUCCCACAACCUAGCGUGGAUGAAGAGGAUUGGGGAGCUUUCGGAGAAGCACCUUCUGACGCUCCUGAUGGUUUUGCUGGCGAAUCUGAUAACUGGGCUGCGGAUUUUUCAGCCGGUGCUGAAGUUAAUAAUGUCCCAGCAGAAAACGAAUUUUUUGUGGAGGAUCUACCCGUGUUGGAAGAGUUAUUAAGUUCUGAUGAUCUUUGGGAUUAUGAAGAAGAUUUGGAGUUGGGCGAAGAUGAGGCUUUACACUUACAUGAAAUUUUUGAUCGAGAAGACCCCACUGAUCUAGAUGCUGAUCAUAUUCUUCUCAGUAGCGCUCUGUUAUGGAAGACGUUGCGAGUAGUAGAAGAAGCACAUGCUUUGAAGUAUCAAUGGAAAACUGCUGUGACGAAUAAAAAUUUUCUGAGAGAGUUGAAUAUUGAUCCCGAAGCAAUCGGAAAGGGAUCUCUGCCUCCACUAUCUGUGGGAGGUGUUCUCAUGCCCACUCCUGCCUCGAACGGACCUAUAAAGCGAACUGUUACGAUAGCUCCCGGUGACUCCUCUGUUAAAAUUACCUCAGCAUGCACACCAACUAUUCUUUCUGAUGAUAAACAAAAGCAGGAUCUCGCUUCAAGCACUUUCGAUUCGUUACUAGUACCUCCUGCCGAUUUCGAUUGGGCCAAGUCUGGCCUAACCAAUCCAUUAAAAGGAGCAAAUCAAAGCUCUGCUUUAUUAGAUGUGGAUUUCUUGUCUGCUAAUUCUGCGGGAGCAGGAUAUGCUGUUAGUACUUUACAAAAGGAUCUUGCCGAUUUAGGAAUAGCCAAUACGGAAAAGAGUAUUCCGAAAACAAACAGCCAACCGUCAAUGUUAGAUGCAAUAAUGUCUUCUGCCGCUGCUCAACAGAAAAAAUAUCGAGCUCCUACCGAACUGUCAUUGGAUGCUCUGGCUUUGCAUGAUCAACUUCCUGACAUAGAUUACCUCAGAGCAAGCAUGAUCAUGUUCCCAAUAGGCAACAGCAGAACCGGUAAUGGGAUAUAG